AAAAACAUAACAUACAAGUAAUAGCACGUGGGAUCUUGGUUUUGUACCAUACAGCAACCAACAAAUAAAAUAAAGCAAAAUGGGCAAGAAAACGAAAGUAGGAAAGACAAGGAAGGAUAAAUUUUACCAACUUGCCAAGGAAACAGGUUUCAGAUCCCGUGCCGCUUUUAAAUUGAUACAGCUAAAUCGCAAGUUCGGAUUCCUCCAACAGUCGCAAGUUUGCUUAGAUCUAUGUGCAGCUCCUGGAGGAUGGAUGCAAGUGGCCAAACAAAAUAUGCCAGUCUCCAGCAUUGUAAUUGGCGUUGACCUCUUCCCCAUACGGCCCAUUGCAGGCUGUAUUGGCUUAGUAGAGGACAUUACAACGGAAAAGUGUCGUCAAUCAUUGACUAAGGAGUUGCAAUCGUGGAAGGCCGAUGUUGUCCUUCAUGACGGUGCCCCCAACGUGGGUCGUAAUUGGCUUUAUGAUUCUUAUCAGCAGAUCUGCCUAACUCUUAAUGCCCUCAAGCUGACCACCCAGUUUCUUCGCGGCGGAGGUUGGUUUGUAACCAAAGUUUUCCGCUCCAAGGACUACAACGCACUGCUUUGGGUGCUCAAGCAGCUCUUCAAAAAGGUGCAUGCCACCAAACCAAGUGCAUCCCGUAAGGAGUCAGCCGAGAUAUUCGUGGUCUGCCAGGAAUAUCUAGCCCCCGACAUUAUCGACCCCCGCCUGCUCGACAGCAAGUAUGUGUUCGAGGAGCUCGACCUCGAGAACAAGAAGAAAAAUAGCCUUCUGCACCCCGAGAGACAAAAACGCAUCAAGGCCGAGGGCUACAGUGAGCAGGACUUAUCAUUGAGAACCAAUUUAUCGGCUACAGAGUUUAUGAAAGCAGAAAAUGCUCUUUCUGCCCUCCAAGGUGUAGGAUCCAUACGCAUUGAUGACGAUCGUAUUGCCAAUCACAAGAAAACUACUCCUGAGAUUCUAGAGUGCUGUAAGGACCUUAAGGUUUUGGGUCGCAAGGAUAUUAAAGGUCUUGUAUUGUGGUGGAAAGCUGUUAAAGAUAGUUUUUUUAAGGAUGAAACUGCGGCAGUUAUCGAGGAACAAGAAGCAGAGGAAACAAUACCCAAACAACUAACGCAAACAGAAUUAGAGGAAAUUGAAGAUCUUGAACUACAAGAACAGAUCAGAACGUUGACAGCCGAGGAGCAAAAAGAGCUUAAGCGGAAGCGAAAGAAGACGCUCAAGGCCAAGGCAAAACUUCACGAAAAGAUGAACCUCAAUAUGGUUAUAAAGGGAGAUGACGGGCCUGUGGAGGAAACUGGUCACGAAAUUUUUGAUCUGAAAGUUAUUGACUCUGCUGGUGAGUUGGAUAGGUUCCUCGAUGUUAGCCCUGACUUCGAUGUAGAAGAAGAGGGUAAAGAGGCUGAAAAGUUGCCCAAGUACAAAAAAUAUGACAAGGAUGACAAGAAAAUGGAUGACGAUGGUAACUAUGAAAGCGACGAAGAGAACGCAUCAAGUGAUGAUGAAGACAGCGAUGAGAUGGUGAAUGAUGAGCAAGGUUUGGGCCUAAGCGACGAUGGCGAAGACACUGUUAAAGUUGGCAAAGGAAAGAAAACACACGAGGAGCAUCCGCUCAUAAAGUCAAGUGAUUUCCGUGACAAGGACACCAAGAGGCAACAGCGCGUACAGCUUUGGUACGAGAAGGAUAAUCUCCAAAACAUUGCAUCGGACGACGAUGAGGAAAACUAUGAUCUGAAAAAUAUGGCCAAGGAGUAUAAUCUUAAGGGAGUCUCUCUUCUCGGUGAGAGCACCCUCAGCGGUGACACAAAUGGACAGGCUCUCCUGGGCAAGAAGGCUAAGCGACGUGCCCGACACGAAAUCGAGACGAAGGACAGCAGCUCAGAUGACUCUGAUUCAGAUUCUGAAGAGCUUCUCAAAGAUGAUAAUGUUUCUGCAGAUAUGUCCAAAGAGCCUAAAUCGAAGAAGGUACGUUUGACAGAAAAUGAGCUAGCUCUUGGUGCGCUUUUGAUUCGCGGAAAGAAAACACAACGUGACCUUAUUGAUGCAGCCUGGAACCGUUAUGCUUUUAACGAUGAAAACCUUCCAGUUUGGUUCACGCAGGAUGAACAAGAACACAUGACUAUGGCCCAGCCAGUGCCUCAAGAGCUUACCGAAGAAUACCAACGCAAGGUCCAGGAGUUAAAUGUUCGCCCCAUUAAAAAGGUAAUGGAGGCAAAGGCAAGAAAGAAGCGUCGUUCCUCAAAGCGUAUGGCCAAGGCAAAGAAAAUGGCCGAAAAGAUAAUGGAAAACGCCGACGCCUCAACCCAUGAGAAGGCAAAACAACUGAAAAAGGUAUAUAAGAAAGCUGAAGAGAAGAAAAAGGAGAUUACCUACGUUGUGGCUAAAAAGCACACAGCGUCUCGUCGGGCAAGUCGCCCAGCUGGUGUGAAAGGUCGCUAUCGUGUCGUAGAUCCGCGAGAGAAGAAGGAUAAACGCUCUGCAGUGGCUAUAAAGAAACGCCAAAAAAAGGGGGGUAAAACUGGAAAAGGAAAACGGUGAAAGAUUCAAUUUGAACAAUUAAAUGUAACCAGAAAUAAAACGCCACUUAGUACAUACUACAACUGAAA